AUGGAGAUUGUAAUGAUGAAGACAUUUGACAGUACACAUGGUAGGGGUGGAGGUAAAGAUAAUACUUCUCUACGUACAUAUGUACGAGGGGCCAUUAAACGUCGAGGGCAGGACCACACGUCAUUCUCUUCACGUAUGCAAACAACAUCACCAGAUGCACAAUCACAACCAUCGGCAGUCCUGGAGACGCAGGAGACGUUUGUAGCUUCUACUGAAGAAGCAAAUGAGGAUCACGCUUCGUCCCCACCAGAGGCUCCAUAUUAUGGACCACCUCCGCCUGUCAUGCAGGAUCUUGUUCCACAAUGGGGGGAGAAAGAUCCUGUGGACAAUCGUAUAUGGGUACGACCGACCGUUGAUGGGAGCAACUUUGAACCAUGUGAUGUAGUGCGCAAAAUAUGGGGUAUAAUCAAGCGCAACUAUGACGGUCCAUACCCUACAUAUAAGGCAGUUCCAACCAAUGUCAAGGAGAACUGGUUUAACUCAUUGAUGGAAAAAUAUAAAUACUUGCCGGAUGACCAAUAUCUUUUUCAUAAAGCAUACAAGACCAAAGCCACUGACAUAAUCAGAAAUCACUUGAAUUUGAUAAGAAAAGGAAAGGGCGAUACGUCUUGGAUGAGACAAGAUGUUCUUGAUGGUUUGAAGGUUCACUGGUCUAAUGAAAAAUGGAAGAAAAUGGCUGAAGCAAAUAAGAGGAACAGGUCCAAAUUUGACGGACCUACACAUUCUGGAGGUUCAAUUCCAUUUCAUGAGCAUGCAAGGCGGUUGCAGGAAGAUGGGGUCACAUAUCCGUCUACCCUGGGUUGGGCUGUGUUCAAGCAUACACACACAUCUAAAGAUGAUCGUGACAAGUGGUGCAAUGACAAGGCAAAGGCAACAGCUGAUGGCUUUACGAGACUUAGGGAAGAGAGAGACAAUCAAGUCAUUCCAGGAGAGGAUGCUAGGAGUGUUGCAUCGGAUAAUGAUUUGAUCGUGCAGGCAUCUGGUGGGGUUAACCUUAAAGGACGGUUAUACGGUUUAGGUACACUGGGAGGAGCAUAUAAGAAAUCUCGACUCUCUAAUAGGCUACCACUUGGAGUGUCCCAGCAACAGCAUGACAAGAUGCGCACAUUGAUUAUGCAGUUGCAGGGUAUAGUUGCACAGCAAGAGGAGAGGGCUGCACAGCAAGAGGAGAGGGUUGCACAACAACAAGAGAAGGCUGCACAGCAGGAGAAAAAGGCUCAGCAACAGGAUAGUCUCAUGGUUAUGAUGCAGAGGCGAAUGGACACAAUGGAGAAGCUUUUGCGAAGGCUUCCUGAGGCAUUUUUAGAUACUGAGGAUGACGACGAGACUCAGCCCCCGUCUCAGGACGUAGGUGAUGACUAUGAUCAUGCAGGUCAUCCACCAGCAUGA